AUGGAUGAUGAUGAUAAAAUCCCCAGGGCCAAGGUACUAAGAACAUUUCGGCCUAGAAGGAACGCCGACCUCAAAUUCGGCCUCUCCGAUCCCUCAGUACGACCUCGCUCAGACUAUCCGGACCAUCAAAGUCACCUCCUCAUGUCGGCCAGAAGCAAGGUUUCCUCGUUGUCGGUCUCUACCGAUUUUCUCUGUUUUUCCAUACAUUCCAUGGCUUCUUCAAGUUUCAACAUGGCCCACUUAGUUGAUUUAUUGGGCUACAUUGGUUUCUUCUUCUCGGCUCUUGUGUACAUCUCUCCAGCGCCGACAUUCUAUGGGCUUUAUAAGCGUCGUACGCCUAUCGAGAGGUGUUCUCCGAUAGCGUACACACUAGCCCUUUUCUCAGCAUCACUGUGGUCGUAUUACGGCUACAUCGAUCUAAAAUGGAUGGUGUUAGGAAUUAACGCGCUGGGAUGUGUGUUAGAGACAUUGUACAUGUCUCUAUACAUAUAUUAUGCGCCCUAUAAUGCUCGGCCUCGAGUAUUUCGAGAGAGAGAUGUUGGGGAUAUGUCAUUUUUCUUGGCAUUAUCCAUAACAAUGAGCGGUGGAUUCUGGUGUGGAUAUGCGUUGCUUACUCGGGAUAUACGCAUUAUCAUCUCAAAUGGCAUUGGAGUGGUGCUUGGUGCAUCCCAGAUGGCGAUAUACAUAGUUUUCAAAAGACCGUUGAUGUUUUCAAGCAGAUUUUCUUUGACCUUCAUAGCAUAA